CCCGGCCCGGCCGGCCUCCCCAGCCGCGGCCCCUGAUUUGCAUCUCCUUCCAAGACUCUCCCUCUUGGUUUUUGCUGCAUUUCGCUCCCCUCCUCUCCCCCCCCCCACCGCGACUCCUUUCGAAGUCCGGUUUUUUGUUUGGCGCACUUCACAGUCUGCCAGAUCCCCCCCCCCACAGCCAAGAUGACUGACGGUACCGCUCAGGGCUCCAAGGUCAAGGACAUGUCCCUCGCCGAGUUCGGCCGCCUCGAGAUCAACCUCGCCGAGGUCGAGAUGCCCGGUCUGAUGGCCUCCCGUGAGGAGUUCGGCCCCAGCAAGCCCCUCGCCGGUGCCCGCGUCAUGGGCUCCCUGCACAUGACCGUCCAGACCGCCGUCCUCAUCGAGACCCUGCAGGCUCUCGGUGCCGACCUGCGCUGGUGCUCUUGCAACAUUUUCUCCACCCAGGACCACGCCGCCGCGGCCGUCGUCGCUGCCGGCACCUCCAAGGUCUUCGCCUGGAAGGGUGAGACCCUCGAGGAGUACUGGUGGUGCACCGAGCAGGCUCUCACCUGGCCCGAUGGCGAGGGCCCCGACAUCAUUGUCGAUGAUGGUGGUGAUGCCACCCUCCUGAUCCACAAGGGCUACGAGUUCGAGCAGGCCUUCGAGAAGGACGGCUCCCUGCCCUGCCCCUCGACCACCACCAACGAGGAGCUCAAGAUCGUGUACCGCAUCAUCGCCGAGUCCAUCCAGAAGGACCCGAAGCGCUUCCAGAAGAUGGUUGCCCGCCUGGUCGGUGUCUCCGAGGAGACCACCACCGGUGUCCACCGCCUCAAGGAGAUGGCCAAGCAGGGCAAGCUCCUCUUCCCCGCCAUCAACGUCAACGACUGCGUCACCAAGUCCAAGUUCGACAACAUCUACGGCUGCCGCCACUCCCUCACCGACGGUAUCAUGCGUGCCACCGAUGUCAUGAUCGCCGGUAAGAAGGCCCUCGUUGCCGGCUACGGCGAUGUCGGCAAGGGUUCCGUCCAGGCCCUCAAGGCCGCCGGUGCCAUCGUCUACGUCACCGAGAUCGACCCCAUCUGCGCCCUGCAGGCCUACAUGGAGGGUGUCGAGGUUGUCCUGCUGGAGGACGUCGUCGACAAGGUCGACAUCUUCAUCACCACCACCGGCAACCGUGACAUCAUCAUGGCCGAGCACAUGGCCAAGAUGAAGAACAACGCCAUCGUCGGCAACAUCGGCCACUUCGACAACGAGAUCGACAUGGCUGGUCUGCUGAGCAACCCCGAGAUCAAGCGCCAGAACAUCAAGCCCCAGGUCGACCGCUUCAUCUUCCCCGACGGCCACGGUGUCAUCGUCCUGGCUGAGGGCCGCCUGCUGAACCUCGGCUGCGCCACUGGCCACCCCUCUUUCGUCAUGUCCUGCUCUUUCACCAACCAGGUCCUGGCUCAGCUUGAGCUCUGGAACAACCGUGCCAACGGCAAGUACGGCAAGGACGUCUACCUGCUGCCCAAGCACCUCGACGAGAAGGUCGCCCUCCUCCACCUCGGUGUCCUUGGUGCCAAGCUCACCAAGCUCACCCCCGUUCAGUCUGAGUACCUCGGCAUCGCCACCGAGGGCCCCUUCAAGCCCGACACCUACCGCUACUAAGCGACAACGUGUCCCCCCCCUGUAUGCGUGUGUGUGUGUGUGCGUAGCGGCUGCUAGCCAUGCCAUGUGCGCGCGCCCCCUCUCCGCCGGGAGCGUGUUGUCCGCGCGCGUUCUGGUGGUGUGUGUAGCGGGCCGCGGCCGGCUUUUUCCCCCCCUCCCCCUCCCUUCUCGCUCUCUCUUGUGCAUGUCUGCAUGUGCGAGAGAGAGGGGCCGAAGUGGGUGUGGGGGUGUGUGAAGGCCGGCAAUGCGCGUAGGCGCGCGCGCGCGAGAGGGAGGGCGAGAGGCGUGAGACCACCUUUUUGUGCCUGUCUGUGUGCAUGGUGUUCUUCUCCUCCUCCUUCCUCCGUGUGUGUGCCACACGGCGCCCCUCAUGCGCGUGCGCGCGUGGGGGUCUGUGGAAAAUACACAUACCCUACUUUCCUUC